AUGGACAAGCAGCAUGUGCAGCGCCGAUCGUCAACUCUUCGCUCGCUUCCGCUCAUUUCCCCGACGAUUGGUUCAACCGGUUCUGGUCCAAUUCGCUUAGCCUUGACGUCACUUGCCCGCGUUCUACGAAACUCGACAAUCUUCGUCGCCAUCGGAUUUUUCUUUGGUUUCUGCUUCACAAUUGGAGAAGUUUUCACGGGGCUUCCUCCGAGCCAGCAGUCAGUCCCCGCAUUCAACGCAACAAAUAUGGCCUGGUGGUACGGAGUCUUUGCUACGUGUAUGGUCAUCAUCAUAUCCGCCAAGCUGCCCAGAGAGCAAUUCGUCUGGAGAGCGCUCAAGCCUUUCCUGUACAUGGCUGCCUUUUGGGGCUUCUUCAGCAUGGUCAUUGUCGACGUGUAUGCUCGCAGGAUUUAUCAGACCGAGACUGUGCGAGGUAAAGCGACCGUCUCUGCGAAGAGCGAGGCUUCGUACCAAACUCGUACAUGUCGUCGCUAUUGGAUCCCAUCAAUGCGGCGAUUCUUGUACGUUUAUCGCCAAAAUGCGCCGGUGAUUAUCUUCGCGAUGAUAUCGAUCGACAGUGGGGAUUUCUAG